UCGUUGCAAAUCAAAACAUUAUUCGAUGUUAGCUUUCGAAGCGCGUUAUGAGAUCAGGAUUCAGAAGUCCGGAUGACGCCCUUCUGGCCGUUGAGCCCCAAACGUAGGCGAAGCCGGACGUUGUUUCGGUAACCGCCGAAAAUGCUGGCCACGUAGGCGGUAGCGAGCAAUUCCGAAAUCGACUUUUCGAUUUACAAAACACACAGCGGUGGGCGAGCUGAACCCGAUCGGCGACGAGCACGCCACGCUUGUUCGCCAACACGCGUAUCUGGGGUCCCCACCCCGGCGCCUACUUAUCAUGGGUGAAUCGGUCGCGUGGGCGACCACUUCCGGUCAGACGAUCCUGUUCGAUUCGGACCCCGAUAUUCCGAACAUACAUCGUAUCACGCCGGAUGAUUAUCUUUGCAAUUUCUCUCGCAAAGUUUAGACGAUCUUUUAAAUAAAGCGUGCAAAUUAGUUCGACCUCGUUACUUCCCUGCUGCAUUAAUCACGCCGAUGAUCACGCGAUAGUGUUUAGAGUAGCUAAAUGUAAAGGGUAUUUAAAAAUAAGAAGGAGGCGGCUUUCAACGUCACAGACCAUGUGACAAGUCUGAAAGAUGCAAACAGGACAGAUGAUCGCUUAAGAUUCCAUCGGCGUUUCGCGGAAGUCCGUACUUCCUCGAGGGCUUUUCGGGGCCCCUCCCCAGUUCAUCGGGUAAUCCUAUCACGCGCCGUGUUCUCUUCGCUUUCGUGUACUUUUUACAGCUCGUGUUCACCGGCGGAUAAUCGUUUCUGCGCGACACUCGUCCCGACCGCGGCACAUUGAACGAGGCCUGGAUUUAUGAUCCUUCUUUACGAACCGCUUUUAAAGCAGCCCCGAGGAGUUUUCCUUCCGGUUAAAAAGUCGAGACCGCGCGUGAUGCACUAUUUAUAUGACCAUUAGCUUACGAUCUUCUUCAGUCCUCUAUAAAUACCGGUCGCGAUGCAGUCCUCGUUCCGUCAUCUUCCUCGAGCCGCGUAAAGCCCGAACGUCAGCCGAAAGGCCGACACUCGUCUCGACGUUGUCUCGUCGUUCUGCGAAGGGAAACUCGCGAUAUCGCGAUGAGGGAAUCUAAUGUCACCAUGACGACCAUCGUUGCGAGCGCGAUACGUAAGAUUUCGUCGCGCACCGUGCGUUCGCAUCAAGCGGAAAAUAAACUGGCUUGGCAAUAUGAAUAGACCGUUACUAUGAAAUCGAUUCGCUUCGCGCGCGAUGUCUCGUUUGCUGUCGUUUGCUGCGGACAAGAAAUACGUGUACCAACUACUCGAAAAGCGUAAACAAUUUGGAUCGUGCGCCGCCGUCCUGGCAAAAAUAACCAGCAAGGCGGUCGGGCGAACGAUCGACGCUGCAACGGAUACUCGUCGUCUAAAUCUUGAUAAUUUACGAUCCAUUCGGGCUGACCUCGUACAAAACGGCGGCUCUGGUUUUUACGUAAGCGACCGAGAGGCCCGAGUCGGUCAAGGUUCGAGAGCGCGGCGCUACCGGGGCCCGAAUCGCUGCCGUUGGCCAGACCGAGCGAACGAGCAAACGAGCGCCGCGCAGAAAUGAGUUAGGGGUCGUUCGGCGGCCAGCCGAAAAAUUCGCAGCAGUAAACCACUGCGGUACGCCACGGCUCGUUAUCAAUCGUGCGCGGUAGAGCAUACGAGCUGACUCGGGGCACGCGCCUGGCGGGGUCGUAGGCCGCCCCACCCCUAUUCUUUGCGAUCCCCCCCGUCCGACAGCGGAGAAAGAGGCCCUGAUCAAGAGAGAGAGGGACAGACACGGCACCCCCACUCCGUUGGAACGUGGAACGGGGCCUGCGGGCCCAGUCCUCCCACUCGAUGCUGCCCCCUCCUCCCACCAGACCAAUGCAACCCCACCACCGUAUCGCGGAGCAGUUCUCAACGAUUCCCCUCGACCCGCCUCUGCAUCGUUUUGCACUCGCUGCACGGGAUGCCACGACAGUGGCUCUCUCUUCUUCUCCCUCUUUUCCGUCGUACGAAAUCUUGCCCUUUCGUUCGAUUUCUCUUUGAAGCUUCUUUCUUCGCGUUUCGAGAGCGUAGCCAUCGAAUGCGGAUAUGCGAGAUUUUCACGACGUCGCUCGUUGCCGCAUCGGAUGGCGAGAAAAAGGCAGGCGUUCCAUCCGCGAUCACGAAGCGUCACCGUGGUGCCGGUUUUGUACGCUUUGGCGGUUCGUUCGGGUAUCGAAUCGGAGGAAUACGCGUGAAUCGCGGCGAAGGUUUCGCGUUUCUACGAGCGCGGAGCGAGAGCAGGGCCUCUCCCUCCGCCGUGGGCUCGGUGUCACGGGCCAGCGGUCGUAAUGCGGCCCACACGCGCGCUCCACACUGGCGCGCAAAUCGCAUAAACACGCGCGCCGACGCAUAUACGCACGGUGGGGUAGAGACGCUAAGCGACGAAGCGGUCCUACCUCCUGCAGGGGACCGUGUCACGUGGCCCCCAGGCCGUGUAGCAGCACGCAGCGCACGGGCUGUGCUCUCUCGUGAGCGGCGCACACAACACCAGUCAGAGACGAGCCGAGAGACCGGGCGCAGAUCGCACUCUCUCCCAGGAAGCGCGUGCUUUCUCCCUCCCUCUCUCCGCCUCUCUCUCUCCUUUUUGUCCCUCUCUGUCCGUCCGUUUGCCACCCGUCUUUCUCUCGCUCUCCCUUUUUCCCCAUUUCUAUCGCGUGUCGUGCCGCGACACGUCGCGCUCUACCGCGCGACACCAGCCACCGCAUCGAGCCACCGAUCGAUCGGCGAUCCGUCCAUCGAUCUCGCCGCGCAGCCCACCCCCGCGGCCAUCCUCCUGCAGAAGAUACUCUUCCUCUUUGCUAGGACAGCCAGCCGCGAGUGUUUCACCCGCGUCAAGCUGUAGAAGCUGUGUGUCGCGAGUGCGAGUUUCUUCGCCACGUGCGCGCUCGAUCGCGCGUUCUAGCGACCCUCGGUGUGUGUAUUUAUAGUGCGCGAACACGGUCACCCCGGCGACCGCUCGUGUCAUCGUGCCGCGAUACCCCGUAGGGUUUCACCGACGAGGAGAGGAAGAUUUUUCGUGGGUGACCGAGUAAAACAGAAGAGAGUUUGUUGCACCGGCUGACCGGAUUCCCGCGGGUCACGAGUGUUUCUGGUUCUUUUGUGAAUCCAGCUAUACAGUACGUACGCGUCCACGUCGACCGAGAACAUCGACCGACGUUCAUGUCUCGGAAAGGGACUUCUUCUCGAGAGUGGAGUUGUGGCUUGUGCGUCGAUGGUGUGUGUCAACGUGUCGAUCCAGUCGUCUGUCUUGUCACCGCCGCACCCGCACCUCGAUCAACGAGGCCUCGCCUAACAUGCUCGACCGCCGACGCUCCGGCUGCUCUUCGCGGACGAAACUGAAUGGAACCGCCAACUAUUGGAGCGUCAAGUAUAGCGACGAGAAGCCAUGUGAAUUUCCGUCAGCGACAUCGUUACCGAGACAAAAGGAUUCUAUCUAGUCAGUGUCCGAGGAUAAUCAGAUCAGUUGUGAUAAUAUGUGAAACUUAGUGCUCGCCGAGUGUUGGAAUUAUUGGUACGAAGAUUCCGGUCUGUGACAGUGCUAAGUCGAAGGAAACACAAACCGACGAUCGCGCCUCGAUGACCAGAAGACUCAUCAGUGAAAUUUCGAACGCAUAGUAAUAUAAACACACACGCGCGUGCGCGCGCGCGCGCGUAGCAUAUAUUCGUACGUAUAGGACAGAAAGAAGAAAGAGUUUAUUUAUUAAA